CCUACCCUAAAGUGAGUAGUUAAGCCUGAAGCUGGCAUAUAACGUUACUCUUACUCUUAGAAUUUUCUGGGAGGUGAACUGCCAAACUGGACCGAAACUGUAUUGUUGUGGCGGCGGUGGAAGGGCAGGGACCAUGGGGGACCAAAACCUGACAGAAAUGACAGCAGAGGACAAGCGGGGGAUGUUCUCACGCACAGAGAGUAUGGCCCAGCACUCUGGCAGGUUGAUUGAGAUGCUGGACCAGAUAGAGAAGAGAGUGGAGGUACUGAGGGAGCAAGCCUCUGCACUGGAGCUGGAGAAGGCCAGCAUGCUGGAGGCACUACAUACACUACAGAAUAGCAAGGAUCUACAGUACUGCAGUCCUGGUGAAAGGGAAGAGAUUCAGAUCACAGCAGAACGUCUGGUUUGUCGCUGCCUCACGGUCGACGUUUGUGUCAACACCGUCCGCAACCAGCAGCAGGAAGAUGCACUCCAUAGGGUCAACACCGUCUUAGACGAGAUCUCCGAGAAAAUCCGGGACGACAUGCGGGCAAACUAUGACACCCUUCUCCUGUACUAUAAUGCCUGCUGUCCUGACACGACAGGACCCAUAGACCUGAAGUUCCAGGCCCUGGUUAUAGAGUGUGCAGCUGAAGACCAGAAGAAAAUCAGGAAACGUCUAGAGUCGCUUCUGAGGACUCUAGAGUACGCUGAGAAGUCCAUGCCGAAGAAGUGAGGGGGAGAGGUAGCCUUGGCUCGUCUUAAACAAAGUUCAAGAGUUCAUGUUGCUCUCUUGAUUCAGGACCAUGAAUUGAAAAGCAUGGAUACUAGCAACAAAGGGAGUCUUGAUGUUCAAGCUGGAACUGUUGAAUCAAAGCACGUAGUGCAACAGCUUUCACCACAAAACAUCACAAGGUGGUUGUGUCUGGUGGAGUCUGACCACUUGUUGCAUUGAAAAAACGUAAAGUGAUGUUACAACAAAGAUUGAUAAAAAAUAAUUACUUGUAUAAGAUGGGGAACAAUGAUUGAAAUGCAUCAAAUAUGAUAGGCAAUUUCAAAUUACUAGCAAAGAACAGCAAGGUUCUUUUACAGUACAUUCAGCUUUUUUGAAAGUACAAACAGAACAUAGUAUAUAUUGUAUGGCUUAAAUGAUUGUCUGAUCUUUUCUUGUGAGAAAAGUGUACAUAUUUAGCCUUAUAGGAACUUAAUUUUUUGAUUAUCAGGCCGUGAUGUCAUAGGAAAAUUUUUACUAAUAGUUUGAAGUGUUGCUGUAUAAUUCUGAAAAUGGUUGUAAAGUAAUCCUUUGUCCAGAUUGAUGCUCGAAAACAAGUUAUUUUAUAUUUUGUAAUUUGCAAUGAGUAACCUGCUUGAAGGUACUUACGAAUUGAAAAUGUAUUGUUUGGAUCAUAUAAUUGUAUAUUUCAGCUGUAUAUAUCCACUUGAUGAUGUCAGUUUCUCCUAAUCACUGGGAAUAACAUGCAGAGUCUUAGUCUAAUUGAUGUAAAUACAUAAAGUAAUUAAUAUCUGCAUACUUUUCUUGUUGCAUUAAAAGCAUGAGUCAGUAGGGAUAGGUAGCAAGAAUGGAUGGUUACACUGGCAUAUGUAUCUCAAAAGAUGAUUUUAGUACUUAAGGUUCUUGUUCAAUGUAGUGUUUUUCUUGCUGAUAGUGACAAAGGUGAAAUUUUAGAAUGUCUGCAACUACAUGAGACUUUUUAUACCGGGUAACUUAAGUUAUAUUAUGCUCUUUAGUAUCAGAUAGCCUGCCUUUUGCCAUUAUGAUAAGCCAGUACCUGCAUUAAAAACAUAUGACAAAAA